CCGCAUGCUGUAAAGGUUAAAGGUCAUGGUACACAAAUUAUAUAAAAUGUUUUCUUGUUGAAUCGCGAAAGAUACAUUUUUGUGGUCUCAUUUGGAAUGAAUCGCUUGCACCUCUGACACUAGAAAUGCACUGCGAGCGUUGCAGUGACAAGGCUAAAAGAAGUGAAAGUGAGAUUACUGUAGAGCUUAGAGUCAUCGUCGAGCGAGGAAACCAAGGCAUGAAAAGAAACAACAUUGGAUAUGUACAUACUUUUAAAGUUUCCAUUUUUAUGAACCAUAGAAUGUUCUUAAAAAUUACAUUUUAAUUUCAGAGGAUAGUUUUUGAACACCAACAACAAUGGAAAUGAUGAUGUUGAAACUAGCAGCGUGGUUUCAGCUGAUGUUGGUUUGUAAAGGUAGUUCAAAUGAAACUAUGGCUACCAAUGGUCAGCUGUUUCCCUGGAACAAAAUGAGACUCCCUAGGAGCAUAGUGCCAAACCACUAUGACCUUCUGAUUCAUCCCAAUCUGACCACUUUGAACUUUACUGGAUCUGUGACAAUUGAAGUUGAUGUCAAACAUAGCACCAGUUAUGUCAUCCUGCACAGUAAAGAUCUUGGAAUAACAAAAACAACCAUCAUACCUGAGGAGGACUGGGGGUCUGGUGGUCUGGGCCAGACUGUAAGAAUACUGGAAUAUCCGCCACAUGAGCAGAUUGCUUUGCUGGCCCCCGAGCCUCUGAAUGAGCAAAGGAAAUAUCGACUGUACAUUGAAUUCCAAGCCAAUCUUGCAGACGGAUAUGAUGGCCUCUAUAAAAGUACCUACCAGACCAAAGACGGUGAAAAAAGGAUACUGGCGGCCACAGAUUUCGAGCCUACUGCAGCACGGAUGGCUUUUCCCUGCUUUGAUGAGCCCUUUUUCAAAGCCACAUUCUCCAUCAAAAUAAGAAGAGAAAAGCAACACAUCGCCCUGUCCAACAUGCCCAAGGUGCGGACUGUGGAGCUUGCAGGUGGUUUGCUCGAAGACCACUUUGACAAGAGUGUCAGAAUGAGCACUUACCUGGUAGCCUAUGUAGUUUGUGACUUCAUGUCAGUCAGUGCCACCACAUCAUCAGGGAUAAAGGUUUCAGUAUAUGCUGUUCCUGAGAAGUGGAAUCAAACUCACUAUGCCCUUGAAGCAUCAGUAAAAUUGCUGGAGUUCUAUGAACAUUAUUUUAACAUCAGUUAUCCUUUGCCUAAGCAAGACCUUAUUGCUAUACCAGAUUUCCAGUCAGGGGCUAUGGAAAACUGGGGCCUAAUAACGUACAGAGAGACUGCGCUCCUAUAUGAUCCACAGACAUCAUCUGCUUUAGAUAAAUUGUGGAUAACGAAAGUCAUAGGUCAUGAAUUGGCACAUCAGUGGUUUGGUAAUCUGGUGACAAUGGAAUGGUGGAAUGACAUCUGGCUGAAUGAAGGAUUUGCCAGAUACAUGGAGAGAGUUUCUGUGAACAACACCUACCCAGAGAUUCAGAUUGAGGACUACUUUCUGAAUGUGUGUUUUGGAGCCAUGUCAAGAGAUUCUCUAAAUUCUUCUCAUCCGAUCUCCAACCCAGCAGAAACGCCUGUGCAGAUUAUGGAAAUGUUCAACACCGUCUCCUAUGAUAAGGGUGCAUGUAUUCUGAAUAUGUUGAAAGAUUUCCUAACGGAAGAAGUCUUCCAUAGUGGGAUUAUUCGCUACUUACACAGGUAUAGCUACAAGAAUGCAAAGAGUGAUGACUUUUGGAACACCAUGGCGAAUACGUGCGCUGAAAGGGAUUUUUCUUCAGGGGGAUUCUGUUACACCUCCUCAGAAGCAGAAAGGAAGGCUCACCGGUAUGCAUGCCAGCACCUGGAUCUGAAAGAAAUGAUGAACACUUGGACCCUGCAAAUGGGAAUCCCUUUGAUUACUGUAGAAAAAAGGGGACGGCAAGUCAGAGUUCAUCAGGAGCGAUUCCUCAAAGGAGUGCUGCAGGAAGACCCUGAAUAUGUGGCACUACAGUCAGGAUACUUGUGGCAUGUUCCUCUAACCUACUCUACAAAUAGCUCCAGCAGUGUUCGGCGGCAUUUGUUGAAAACAAAAUCAGACACUAUUCAGCUAGAAGGGGAGGUGAACUGGAUAAAGUUCAAUGUGGACAUGAAUGGAUAUUAUAUUGUGCAUUAUGGAGAAGAGGGAUGGGACUCGCUGAUUGAAUUACUAAAUCAGAACCACACAGCAAUAAGCAAUAAGGACAGAACAAACCUUAUCCAUAACGCAAUACAGCUGGUCAGCACAGGGAGACUUUCACUGGACAGAGCCCUUAACUUGACACGUUACCUGAAGAAGGAGGUUGACAGUAUCCCAUUAAUGCAGGGUGUACUGUACCUGAAUGUCUUGCACUACAUGAUGGAAAGGAGAAACAUUUCAGAUACCGCGAAAAGUUUGAAGCGUUAUAUCUUAGAAUACUUCAAAGAAGUGAUUGACAAGCAGAUGUGGAAUGACGAAGGCUCAGUGUCAGACAAGAGGCUUCGCACUGAACUUUUAGAACUUGCCUGUGAACUUGGUUAUCCUCCCUGUGUCCAAAAGGCAACCCAGCUAUUCAAAGAAUGGGCAAAAUCAAAUGGCACCAAGAACUUGCCAACGGAUGUGCUGAGGCCAGUGUAUGCUGUUGGAUCCCAAAAUACAGAAGACUGGAACUUUCUUCUGGAAAUAUACAAGCAUUCUCUGUCCUCUACUGACAAAAAUAAGAUUUUAUAUGCACUGACACGUAGCAAAGAUACUGAAAAACUGAACAAACUAAUUCAGCUCAGCAUUGAAGGAGAGGUGAUAAAAACACAGAAUCUUCCUGCUGUAAUUUCCACCAUUAGCAGGAAUCCAGCUGGUCAGGCUCUGACCUGGGCUUUUGUCAGACAAAACUGGGGAAAACUGCUUGAAAAGUUUCAUUUGGGAUCAUCAGCUAUUAGAGGCAUCCUAGUUGGAACCACCUCUCAUUUUUCUUCCAAUCAAGAGCUGGAAGAGGUUAGAACUUUCUUUGCUUCAUUAAAAGAACAAGGGUAUGAAUUAAAGGUUACUGAAGUUAUUUUAGAAUUGAUACAAAAGAACAUUAGGUGGCUAGAGAGGAAUCUACAUGUACUAAACAAGUGGCUAAAGGACAAUAUUCCUUGAGAGAAGGCAGCUACCCACCUGAACUACUAAUUCCUUGAGAGAAGCUCCACAGUAUCCAAUUGCAAUUUAAAUAUUGCUGAUAUUUGAAAAUGCAAAUCCUUUUUAUUUUUUGUAUGAAAACAUGUACAGUCACAAACAAUUGUACUUUUACACCCUUAAUUUGAAACAAUGUUAUUCUGUAAUUUGUUUAGUUUAAUAUUUUAAUAAAUAAUACAAAUGAAUUAACAAACAAUA